UCUGUGACAAUGGUGCUUCUACAUGUGCUCCAAACGACAAGAAAAAUAACAGACAACUCAUCAUUGCGAUAGCCGUUCCAAUAGCUGUAGCUACUCUACUGUUUGUGGCAGCAAUUAUCAUCCUUCAUAGAAGGAGAAUUAAACAAGAUACAUGGAUGGCAAAUAGCGCAAGGCUUAAUAGCCCCAGGGACAGGGAAAGGUCGAACCUGUUUGAGAAUAGACAGUUCAGCUACAAAGAGCUGAAGCUCAUCACAGCUAACUUCAAGGAAGAAGUAGGGCGAGGAGGAUUUGGUGCUGUGUUUCUAGGCUAUUUGGAGAAUGGAAGCCCAGUUGCUGUGAAGAUCCGUUCAAAAACAUCAUCUCAAGGGGACAGGGAGUUUCUAUCUGAGGCCCAACACUUAAGUCGAGUUCACCACAGGAACCUGGUUUCCUUGAUUGGUUAUUGCAAGGACAAGAAACAACUGGCCCUUGUCUAUGAAUAUAUGCAUGGUGGAGACCUAGAGGAUCGUCUAAGAGGAGAGGUCUCUAUUGCUACGCCCCUCAGUUGGCACCGGCGUCUCAAGAUUGCUCUCGACUCUGCCCAUGGAUUGGAGUAUCUACAUAAGUCCUGCCAACCGCCACUGAUCCAUAGGGAUGUGAAAACAAAGAACAUCCUGCUAUCUGCUGACCUAGAUGCAAAGAUAUCUGACUUUGGCCUGACCAAGGUGUUCGCAGAUGAGUUCAUGACCCAUAUUACUACCCAACCAGCAGGCACCCUGGGGUAUCUUGACCCUGAAUACUAUAAUACAUCCCGGCUCAGUGAGAAGAGUGACGUGUAUAGUUUUGGAGUUGUACUACUGGAGCUUAUAACCGGUCAGUCGCCGGCGGUCGCCAUUACUGACACUGAGAGUAUCCAUAUAGCACAGUGGGUGCGCCAAAAGCUCUCCGAGGGUAACAUCGAGAGCAUUGCAGACUCAAAGAUGGGGAGGGAGUAUGAUGUCAACUCAGUCUGGAAGGUUACAGAGCUGGCACUGCACUGCAAAGAACAACCAUCACGGGAACGACCAACGAUGACAGAUGUUGUGGCUGAGCUCAAGGAAUGCUUGGAGCUGGAGGUGUCUCGUCGAAUGGGCAAUUACAACUCAGUCACUAGCGGCACAAGUAAUCUCAGUGCAACAAGAGCUGACUCGCACAACGAUGCUCAAGCAAAUGAUCUGAAACAGCAAAGUGUGCUUGAGUUGGGGCAGGUUGGCGAUACAUCGUCGACUCACAUAGGUCCGGCACCAAGAUGAGACCAACAGUCUAAUUUUGUAUGGUUUUAGAGUCUCGGGUUUGUAUAUAAGUUUGGUAUGCAUCAGAAACUUUAGUCCUGUAUUUGUAGCAAGUAACUGAUGAGGAACUAAAGUUGGAUCUAUGUGGACUAUAUAAUUAGGAUGUGAGCUUGGUGUGAGAACUGAAUGGAAGGUAUU